AUGACUAUUUUUGUAACUUCCCACUGUGUUUACUUAUAUCUUUUUCCUUUUGCCUCUCUCUCUUUCUCUCUUUCUCUCUUAUUUUCUUUCAUUUAUUUUUUCAUUUUUUAUUCCUUCUUCUCUCUCUCUCUCUCUCUCUCUCUCUAUCUAUCUAUCUAUCUAUCUAUCUAUCUAUCUAUCUAUCUAUUUAUCUAUCUUAUUUUCCUUCGUUUAAUUUUCCAUUUUUUAUUCCUUCUUUUCUCUCUCCAUCUCUCUCUCUCUCUAUCUAUCUUAUUUAUCUUCACACUACAAUCCAUUCUUAAACUUUUAGAACUUUGUCUGCGUGUUUUUCUUAGGUCUUCUCUUUUCCAUAUCCUUCUCAUUAUUGUCUUUACCAUAUUCUGUCUUUUUCCUUUUCCAUCUCCUGUUUUUUCUGCCUAUUUUUGGUUCUUUCUUGCAUUCUCUUUCUUUUUCAUAUCUCCUUCAAUAUUUCCAGUCAAUGUCUCUAUGAUGUUCCUCUCUUUUUCCUCCCCCUUUCUAUCAUUACUCUUUAUCUUCUAUUCUCUUUUCUUUUUACGUCUCUUUCUUUAUUAUUUCACUCUAUUUUAUAAUCUAUCUCUCUAUCUCUCUAUCUAUCUAUCUAUCUCUACUUUAUUCCUUUCUCUUUCUCUUUUCUUUAAUUAUUCAUCUCUACGAUCGAUCAAACUGUUUCUAAUACUUUUAUUCAAACCAAAAUGGCCGCUAAGUUUGUUUAGGUUGCUUUUUCUAUAG